AUGGCGGAGGCAAUACCUGAGGCAGUGAAAGAAUUAUGGGACAAAUGGAACAUCCGUGGUCUUGUCAUCUUCAGUCUUCUUCUUCAAGCAAUACUUGUUCUUCUCUCACCAAAUCGAAAACGUACACCGAGGAGACUUUUUCGACUUCUCCUUUGGUCGUCUUACAUUUUAGCCAACUGGGCGGCUGACUAUGCCGUGGGACAGAUCUCAGAUAGCUCAGGAGACGAACCUGGGCCCAACGAGUCCCCCAAGACAAACGACCUCAUAGCUUUUUGGGCAACGUUCCUUCUCUUGCAUCUUGGUGGCCCUGACACAAUCACAGCUUUUGCUCUGGAGGAUAAUGAGCUCUGGCUCAGGAGUUUGUUUGGUCUUGUGUGCCAAUUCGUUGCUACUCUCUACGUGGUCUUGCUAUCAAUACCCAACAGUCUCUUGGAACCGACAAUCCUCAUGCUUGUGGCUGGAGUCAUCAAGUAUGCCGAGAGGAUAAGAGCAAUGCAUGGAGCGAGUCUUGAAAGGUUCAAGGAUUCGAUGCUUGGGGAGCCCGAACCUGGAAUCGAUUACGCGAGGUUCAUGGAGGAAUACAAAAUUAGGACGAUUUCAAGAGAACGUAGCCAGUUGGUUAGGGUUGAGGAGCCUGAACAAAGAGAAUGGGCACAAAGGCCAGACGAAUUCACCAAUCUCAAUGUUGUUCAAUAUGCUUAUAAAUACUUCAAUGUCUAUAAAGGCCUUGUAGUUGAUUUCAUGUAUAGCUCCGAGCAGUGGAUAGAGAGCAAGGAGUUUUUUAAGUCAUUGUCGGCAGAAGAGGCUUUGAGGAUUCUAGAGGUAGAGCUCAGCUUCAUCUAUGGCACUCUAUUCACCAAAGUUGACAUUUUGCACACCUGGAUUGGAUUUUCUUUCCGCUGCACAGCCUUGGGAUGCCUAUUUGGAUCCCUCCGCAACUUCAAAACAUCAAGGAAAGAUGGAUUCGAUGGUUUUGAUGUUGCCCUUACUUAUGCUUUGAUCUUUGGUGGAAUCGCCAUUGAUUUCAUUUCCAUCCUCCUAUUCUGUAUAUCCGACUGGACAUUUGCUAGAUUGAGGAAGCCUAAGGAGGAGGUGGACAAUGAAGAUACCUGUUUCGACAGUGUUCUCAAUUGGUUCCUCCGUUGGCCCCUCCGUUUCAAGGAGCUGAAGUGGAAGGAUUGCAUGUGUCACAAGCAAGAGCAUAGCUGUCACGAGAAAGAAUAUCGCUCACACAAAGUGCUUGAUAGAUUCUUCCUAUUUCGCAGAUGGUCUGAGUACGUAUAUGCAUACAACCUUAUUGGCUCCUCCCUGAAUAUAAAACCAAAGAGAAAACACCAUACCAAGGGGUACAUACACAGAUUCUAUGACACCAUCAUUCCCAGCUUGUACGUAGAUCGUGCAAUCCAAGAAGCAGUCAUAGCUUACAAAGCCUUAAAUCACCUCCGCAAAAAGGUAGACCUAUACAUCAGUUCCCUGUUCAUCUUCAAUCGGGCAAUGUACUAUGUUCUUUACCCUGUCAGGCUUUUUCUUAGAUUCUGGUUUGGAAUUCCUUUGAUCAACUAUCUCUUGGAAUUAUUUGGCAUCCCAGAUCAGGUAAGUGAGAUAGUAUUCACAUCUCGCGAACGCCUCACUUUAGAGUUUUGGGAAUUCAUAUUUGCGGAGGUUAAGCGUAGAUGCAUCUAUAUUCCUGACUCAGAAAGUUCCAGCUAUAUAUACUCGGCUAGAGGUGACUGGAUUCUUCGCAAAAUGAAAAGCGAGACGCUGCUGCGGUAUGUUACUGAAGUGGAUUACGAUCAGAGCAUUCUGGUGUGGCACGUUGCCACUGAGCUCAUACACCAAACAGACGAAAACAAUCCAACAGAGCUCGGAUACAGAGAGGUCAGCAAAACCCUUUCAGACUACAUGAUGUACCUCUUAAUCGCGCAGCCUGCUAUGAUGUCAACAGUUGCGGGAAUUGAUAAGGUACGAUUCAGAGAGGCAAUAGCAGAGGCCAAAAAAUUUCAAGAGGCUAAAAAGCUGUUUCAGACAACACAUGUUGAGGAUUCAAGAGAUGCAAAGAAGGCAUGUGAAGCAAUUCUCAGCUCCUAUACGGCAGAUGGGCAAAGAAACAAGAAUGCCAAAGGGUAUAAAGGCAAGUCUGUGCUGUACCAAGCGAGCAUGCUAGCGAAGGAGCUUCAGCGGAUAGAAAUUCAAGAAAGCAAUGAUAAGAUGUGGAAAGUAGUGAGCAAAGUAUGGUUGGAGAUGCUUUGCUACGCAGCAUCUCACUGUGACUCUAAACAACAUGCAGCACAACUCAACAGAGGUGGUGAAUUGAUCAACUUUGUUUGGCUUCUGAUGGCUCAUUUCGGACUGGGAGAGCAAUUCCGUACCACCAAGGAAGAUUCAAAAACCAGACUGAUUCUGGUCGAGAACUGCUCGUGUGAUAGAGGUAGCACCCAAGCAAAGGAAUUGGUUAUUCUCUGUUUUUGGGUCUCUCACCGAUGGUUCUAG